AUGGAUCCUAUCACCAUUCUCGGGCUCGCUUCGAACAUCAUUUCCAUUAUCGAUUGCGGUGUACGUCUCGUGUCUGCCUCCAAAGCGAUACGAGAGUCCGCCCAUGGAGCAUCACGCUCAGCACAAGAUCUCGAAGCCUUCGUCCGCGAGGCCAGAGCUUUAAGUGACGAUGUCUUCAGCAUGGAGAGAAGUUGUGGGAAGAGACUCUCCGCAAGCGAGAAGAUGAUGUUGGAAUUGGCGGAGGAGUGCCAGGACGUAAUCAAAGAGGUGGAGACAUGGGUGCGGAAGUUGACCGUAACCAAGGGACCCUCGAAUGUGUGGAAGAGCAUGAAGGUGGCGGGUUUGGAGCUGGCUAAGAAAGACGAGAUUGAUCGCCUAAAGGCGAGGUUAGAAGCGCUGGGGUCAAGAUUUAGGGACUGUGUUCAGCAGGUUCUCUAUCAGGAUCGCCACUUGGAGAUAUUGACCAGGCUGAGAGAACUUGAAGCGUUCCAAAAAGUACACAGAAUGGAAAGCAGCUCAACACUGAAGUCAAUCCGUGAAGAUAUCCUUCGUCUCCUCCAGCCUCCAGAAACGAAUGCAGACGAAGACCAUAAAUUGCAACGCGCGCUUGGAGUUUCUCAGCUUGUCAGUCUACAAAGCAAGCUUAAGGUCCUCGCGGGAGAACAGCAAAUCUAUGAGAAGCAGCGCAAGAUUCUCGAGAGCCUUCACUUUCAUGACUUCAAACAUCGACAUAGCCAGAUUGCCGACGCUGGCACUUCUACAAACGCCUGGUUGUUUGAUCCCCGAAAGACGUCUUUUGUGAAGUGGCUGGAGACAGGCGGUGGAUUCUUCUUGAUCAGUGGUAAGGCAGGAAGUGGGAAGUCAACCCUGAUGAAGUUCGCAGCUGAGCAUGACACCACCACCGACUUGCUGGAGAAGUGGGCCAGUCCACAACAUCUUUACACCGCAAGCUACUAUUUCUGGAAUGCAGGCGCACCAAUGGAGAAAUCUCAAGUCGGCCUACUCCAGUCCUUGCUGUAUCAGAUAUUUCGGGGUUCGGCAAGUCUUCCUUCGGAAAUCUCUCUGUGUCGCCGCUACCAUGAACGAUGGGACACCAAAGAGUUGAAAGAGUUAUUUAGCAGGGUAAUGGAGAGGAGGUCCUUAUCCGCCAAGUAUUGCUUCUUUAUCGAUGGGCUGGAUGAGUUCGAGGGCGAUGAGGAGGAAGUUGUCGACAUCUUGCGAUUCAUAUCUUUCUCGUCUCACGUCAAGAUAUGCGCAUCCAGUCGGCCAAGGUACAUCAUUGAAGAAUCACUUGCGGUCGCCGAGCAUAUGAUAAUCAUUCAUGAGCAUACAAAAGAGGACAUCAAAAGUUGGAUUCACCAAAAAUUCUCCGAGAAUCCCAAGUUUCACGCACACUCUAAGCACGAUCCAUCUUACUGGAGACUUGUCAAAAUGAUAUCCAGCGCCGCUGAAGGAGUUUGGCUUUGGGUCUACCUGGUAGUGCGCGACUUGUUGCACGCAGUCAACCGAUAUGAGAGUCUCCCAAAGCUUCUGGAGAUUGUGGAAGCCUUCCCGAAUAAUCUUGAUCAGUAUUUUGAGUCGAUGCUUGUUAAUAUGCGGGACGCAUAUAAGAAAGAGAUGGCCCGGUUGUUUUUGCUUGCCCUCAACAGCGAUACCGGCUCCUGGAUCACCUUUCCCAGUUGGAUGCCUCUACCAUUGGCUGCGGUAGACUGUGUGCAAAGGGAAAUGAGCGAUCCAAAUUAUUUUUCCAGCAAGGUAUCCUCGAUGCAAAUGGAUAUGUCCGUGAACGUUUGGAAAACACGUCUACACUCUCGAUGCCGAGAUCUACUUGUUGUCGAGAACCACCCGCAAGGAUGUACUGGGGCCCCUCCGGAAUCGCCGUCGCCGCUGAACCUGCACAUAGUCUUCCUCCACCGCACAGUUCGCGAUUUUCUUCGCGACAAUUUCUAUACGGUAUUGGAAAGAUCAGCGGGCAGCGACUUUUUCUGCGUGAUAUCCACACUCAAAAUGUGGUUAUUCAUGUGCAAAAUUAUAGUUAGGCCAGCCGCCAGUACGGUGACCGAAUGGUGGAUACGCGAAGAAUGGGAUCUAAUGGGACACCACAUUCUCGACUGCUUGGAAAGCCUGCCGGAAGGGUGGUUAGAAGACACGAAUUCUUAUAUUGAACUCAUCACGGAAGCAGAGCACACCUUAAUGAAGGUUUCUGGGUGCUAUGAGCAAGGCGCUUCUCUACCUAUUGGACCCAUCUUCAACUUGGUGCUGCGACACUCGCAACAGUAUCCCUUCCCAGAUUAUUUACACCUUAGGCUCCAAGCCGACCCAGGUCUUAUAAGCCGUCACCCUUUACCGCUUCUGACAUAUACCCUUCCGGCCGAGGAUGUAACUUCCGGGACUUUGGGGGUAGUAGAAACUCUGUUGAAAAGCUUGUCGCGGAACGGAUGCCACCCCUGUUCAAGCACACUCCUUAGAUACUUAAGGAGUUAUCAGCUCCUCAGUAGAUAG